CAUGAGCCAUUCCCUCGGCCACUUGAAGAACCGAAAAUUUCUCAAGUGAUUUGAUUUCACCCUGUCGUGCGCUUCAACUUUUUGAAUCCAGCGAACCAAAUUCCAUUCCCCAAGGCUGUUCCAGAGUGAAUUGGUUGGGAUACAGCGGGCUGCUCUCACCGUUCUUCAUCUACCCAUGUCUUGCAGAUUCUUCGGCGCCUAUCUUUCCCGCUCUGGAAAUCUCCGCAUAAAAUUCCACAACCCCAUUUCCCUUACCAAUUUCCUCAACCCCAAAUCACCCAAAUCCCAACCCAUUCAUCCAUUCCCUCGAACCCCAACAUUUUUCUCAUCCAGUUCUAAAAUGGGUGAUGCUCGAAGACCGCUCUCCGCCAACAUUCCGCCACCAGACAAAGCCGAACGAUCGGAAUUGCUGCGAUCACUCGAGUUUUCGCUCAAUUCUGGGUUUAGCUCCGAGCCAUUGUUACCGAAACCGAGCCCUUUGAUUAUUGUAAUCAGUGGUCCAAGUGGGGUGGGGAAGGACGCUGUGAUUAAACGAUUGAGAGAGGUUCGAGAAGGGCUACGUUUUGUGGUGACAGCGACGAGUCGGUCAAUGCGACCUGGUGAAGUCGAUGGAGAAGACUAUUAUUUCGUCUCUAAGGAAGAAUUUCUGGCCAUGAUUGAGAGGAACGAGCUUCUGGAAUAUGCGUUAGUGUAUGGGGAUUACAAGGGCAUUCCCAAAAGGCAAAUUAGGGAAUUCAUGGCACAAGGGUUUGAUAUUGUGUUGAGAGUAGACAUUCAAGGGGCCGAGACAUUAAGGAAAAUCCUUGGAAAAUCUGCUGUGUUUGUGUUCUUGAUGGCGGAGAGUGAGCUUAAACUGGUGGAGAGGUUGAUUGAUAGGAAGACGGAGACGAAGGAGUCAUUGUUGGUGAGAGUUGCAACGGCUAGAGAGGAAGUAAGACAUGUUAAGAAUUUUGAUUAUGUGGUUGUGAAUGCAGAAGGGAAGCUGGAGAAUGCGGCUAAGCUGGUGGGAUCCAUCAUUGAUGCUGAGAAAGCAAAGGUCUGGCAGAGAAAUGCUUCCGUUUAGAUACAGAUUUGAGGCAUCAUUUUGUAAGGUAAUAUUUACUUCAAAGUUCUGUUUAGAUGGAUUUGAGGCAUCAUUUUUGUUUGUUAAGAUGGAUAUCUUGAUUAUAGUGUGGAUUAGCUGAAGCUUGCAUGAUUAUGUUUUUGAAUUCUAUGAUUAAAUGUCUGGUAUAAAUAAAGGAGUUUUCAUGUUUAUUUGAUCUUCUAGUUCAAGCUAGUUCUGUAUAAAAUGUAAUGGUUUCUCG